AUGCAUAAUCAAAAAUCGAGUUAUAUCAAUUGGUCAUAUAGUGGAUCAACAGAUAUGUCGUUUGGAACUGGUGCAACAACUUCUGAAAAGAUACUUGGAUAUGGAGCAGGUCUCAUUGCUUUGGCAUUUUAUAGUUAUUUCUUUUUGAUGAAAAUCUAUCCUUGGAAUUCUUGGCAAUAUCUUUUAGCUUCUCUAUUAGCUUUUGAUAUUGCUGGAGGUUUAGUUUGUAAUUGUUUAAAUUCAUGUAAACGUUUUUAUUCAACUUCCCUUCAAUCAGAAGAAACUUCAAUUACAGUACGAUUAUUAAAACGACAUUGGUUCUUUACAAUAAUACAUAUUCAUCCAUUGAUUAUCCAAUGUUGUUUUGGAUCAUCAUACAUUGGUAUCUAUGGAAUAUUCUGGUAUUUUGCACUUCAAUCUAGUGCAUUUAUUGUGAUGAAAACACCAUUGUAUUUACAACGUCCAAUGGCAAUGUUACUCUGUUUAAUUGCUUUGCUAUUUAAUUCUUAUAUUAUUCGAGCAUUGAAUGGAUUUGAAUGGUUGAUUCCUGCCCUUUUCAUUAAGAUUGUUUAUGGACAUUUAGUUCAGGAAGAACCCUAUCGACCUUUAACAGAGAAACAUCUUAAUCAUUCAUCAAACUAA